AAAUAAAGACGGGCUUUGACAUUUUAUUUUCAUCUCUUUUUCACUUCUCUUGGCUUUUUUUUUUUUAUUAAAAAUACAUGCGAUUAUUCUCUACUUUGAUAGCGACAGUAGCUAUAUCCUCGGCAGUAUUGGCGCAGGAUAAUAGUACCUGGAUACCAGAUGGUCCUAGUAACCCUGCUGGAGUUACUGGUAAUGUUCAUUAUGCCAACUUAAUGAAUGUGUCAUUAUGGUUUUACGAGGCCCAGCGAAGUGGCAAAUUACCUUCCGAUAAUAGAGUUCCUUGGCGACAUGAUUCCGCUUUAAAUGACGGCAGCGACAACAAUGUCAACCUCGUUGGUGGUUACUAUGACGCUGGUGACUAUUUAAAGUUCAGUUUGCCACUCGCUUACUCUUUAACUAGCAUUGCAUGGAGUGCCUCUGUCUGGUUUGAUGGAUACCAAAAAGCAAAUCAAGUUCAUUAUCUGGACUCUAUGCUCAGGUGGGGUCUAGACUGGUUAAUACAAGCUCACCCUGAUGACAAUACGUUUUAUGUGCAGGUUGGUGAUGGAGAUAUAGAUAACAAUUACUGGGGACCAGACACAGGUAUUCCAACGCCACGACCUUCAUAUCAAGUCAACCGAACCGCUGUUGGUACAGAUGCUGUGGCGCUUGCCUCUGCUGCUUUAGCAUCAGCCUCAUUCCUCUACAAGAAUGGACUAAAUGACACAGACUACUCGAAUAAGCUAUUACAAAAUGCAGUAUCACUAUUCAACUUGGCAUAUACGGCACAACCCAGAAAUGUAUAUACUAAAGCAAUACCUGCCAUCGCCGAGUUUUACAACACCAACAACUAUACAAGCCAACUUACAUAUGCCGCCCUAUGGAUGUACAAGGCCACUGGCAACUCUACCUACCGCGACAUGGCAUCUAAUUUCUUUGAUCAGUUUGCACUAGGUAGUCAGCCUGUCGGUGUCUUGGACUGGAGUGAUCAGACAAACGCUGUUUUUGUGUUGGGAGCCGAAUUAGACUCCAGCAACACAAAGUAUGCCAAUGCUGCUAGAAAAGUACUGGACACGAUUAUCAAUACCGCAUCAGGAUCCCCGUGCACGUUUACCAAGGGAGGCUUACUUUGGUGUGACGGGUACAGCAAGUCAAAUUCUCUUGUACCUGCGCAAGACAUGGCUCUCUUGGCGCUCCUCUACGCCGAACUGGACUCGACUCGUGCGGAUAGUUACAGGAGAUUUGCUCAGGGCCAGAUUGAUUACCUUCUCGGAAAAAAUUAUAUGCUGACUCCUUAUGUCGUUGGCAUUCAUAUGAAUUCACCACGUAACCCACACCAUGCAGGUGCCUCAGGUGGCACAGACAUCAACAAUAUUGAUACUUCACCACCUGAAGAAAAGUAUGUUUUGUAUGGUGCUAUCGUCGGAGGACCUGACGGAGACGAUCUCUUCUUUGAUGAACGUAAUGAUUGGGCACAGACUGAAGUUGCUUUGGAUUAUAAUGCACCUUUUCAGGGACUAAUUGCUUAUCAGUUGAGUACAAAUGCCUCUGAUCCUCCUUAUGUCACAAUCACUCAGCCAAGACCCAAGGUUACACGUGGCAAGAAAUUCCCUGGAUGGCUCAUUGCUGUUAUUGUUAUUGUUGUCUUAUUUGUCAUUGCCCUUACAAGCUAUCUCUGCUGGUGGAAGCGUGGCUGCGGAUUGUUUAAUAGAAAAGGAAACUAUAAUAGAGCUGUUGCUGCUUGAUUAUAAAAACAAUAGUCUAUUUUUAGAGAUAUUAAUAAAACUUGAGAUUCUAUUAGUGAAUUUCUCACAACAAAAAGUAACACUUUAUUUCUAUUUUAAAUGAUUGGUUUGAUAACAUAAGC